GCUUUGAUCAGGUACCACAUCAUGUCCAAUACUAGCAAUCGUUUCUCGGUGGAGAAGCGCCCGGAAAGUUACGACAAGUACGAGUUCACGUUACCGGAGCUGUACCGGAAGCUGGCGAAGGAGGAGCUUCGCGAGGACGAUGAGAUUCGGGAGCAGUCGUUGGAGCAGAUGAGGGAAUGGAUCGCCAAACAUCGGUACAUCCGCAAGUGCCGCACGGAUUCGUCGUUUCUGUUGCGGUUCCUGCGCUUCCGGAAGUACUCGGUACCGAUGGCGUGCGAAGCUCUGGAACGCUAUCUGGCGAUGAGGGAAACGUUUCCCCAGUGGUUCAAGAAUCUGGACUGUAACGAGCCAGCGCUGCGGCAGAUGCUGGAGGAUGGUGUGUUCGUGCGUCUCGGUACCGACGAAACCGGGCGAAUGGUGAUCCACUUUCGGUUCGCGCAGUUUAAUGUCGAAAAGUUUAACGCCGUGCAGGAGGGACGGUUUACCGCGCUCUUGAUCGAGUCGUUGCUGGAAUGGGAGGAGAUGCAAAUUGGUGGCGUGCGUGUAGUGGUCGAUUUUAGGGGAUCUGUUAUGAAGCACUUCGGCAUUUGGGGUGUGUCGGAUAUGAAGAUCUUCAUGGACGCGGUCAAUCGUUCGUACCCGUUACGGUUGCGCCAGGUGCACGGUGUUAAGUUUCCGAAGUUUGCCGUCCCCAUCGUGAACCUGUUGCUGUCGUUCGCGAGCUCGAAGCUGCGGGAUCGCAUAAUGUGUCAUGAAAGUGUCGAGAGUAUGGCCGAAAACUUUGAUGCAUCGUUGCUUUUGAAGGAGUGUGGCGGGCAUGCCGAUCCCAAGUCGCUGGAAGCCGAUUUUCUAAAACAUGCCGAGGAACGGCGCGACGUGAUACUGGCACUUGACGAAAUGGAAAUAGACGCGCGGCGUUACUCAUCGUUGUGGGCAUCUAGAAGCACCGAGGAGCACGAGGUGGAAGCUGGAGUAGCGGGAAGCUUCCGAAAGUUGGCUGUCGAUUGAUGGAUCCCACAGUUGUGAAGAUUCACACAAACUAACGUGUUGUGAUUCGUUAUUAAAAGACAAUGUGAUUCCUUUUCGGUUCAUAUGUAUCUAUCAAUUCGAUGCUUAAACGAUCGAAAUGUGCCCCUUGCGUGCAUUUAGGCAUUUGAACCUCAUGUUCCACAUUAACCCAUUAUCUCUACAUCCUGGGGUGGUGCGCCCGACCGUGUCAGGCGGUUGCUCGCUGCCCCAGCAAAUCCAGCACGUUUUAAACAAUGAGAUAUCCAGUUCUAUCCAGAUAAUUGCCCAGUACAUCCGCGCUCCUAAGGCGAAAGAUAAUGAAAUCGAUUCUAUCCCUACUUCCAGCCUACUGUGCCCAGUGUAAGGGAUUUGCGUGCUGUCUCCAGGGUAGGCUUUAACCUAAUUCUCUUUUAUGGUCUUUUGUGGUUUUAUUGGAAAUGAAAUUAAAAAUGAAACAUAAAGUCAAUCGGCUAUGCAACUGAGCUCUUAGCGACAGUUGAUAUGCCGUACCUCUAUCGCUCAUCGUUCUUUCUUUGGUUGGCAUUGAUUUUUUGGGUGACCUCCGUGUCGUUAUCGGUCAACCGCUGCAUUCGCCAUUCGACGCCGUACUGGAUUCGUGUAACGUACCAACGUAACAUGGUAGCUGCACCUUAAGCUAUGCUUUUUAUACACGUUCGCGUUACCUUCAAUGUGAAUUUACGAAUUUGUUUAAACAAUCCUUUAUAAACAUUCAAGGGAAAAUAGAUAUGCCGAUGCUCGAAAGUUAAAUAUUAAUCCUGAUUUAUUUCUACAGAGAUGGAAAUUCUAUAGUAAAAAUAUGAAAUAUAUCAUAAGCGAUAAAUUUGGUUUCCGAAU